AUGUGUGAUCGCAGUCUCUACAGAUCUGGCUACGUUGGUUCUCUCUUGAAUUUGCAAUCUCCAGAUUCCUUUUAUUUUCCUAAUUUGAGGGCUAAUGGCAGUCAACUGGCGGCUCUGCCCACCAUUUCCUACCCCCGGAGCUCGAUCCCGUGGACUUGCUCAAGUUCGUGCGCAGCCCAGCCGCAGAGCCACGCGUUCAGCGGCGCGGCGCAGCCUUACCUCCCCGGCUCCGUUCCAAUCAACAUCAGCUCCAACGGCAACAAAGAGUGCCUGGAAGACAACAGUAAAUAUUACUCCCACGAUGCGAGCUCCAAACAAGAGGAGAGAUGCAGGCAAAGGCAAUCUUUUGCAAAUGACCCAACUGUUACUAACACAGCCAACUUAAAGCCCGUAAAGUAUGACCACUCGAGCCUGCAGAGAAGUUUGCAUGGCUCGGCUGCUCUGUUUGAAGUGAAUUCCUGCACUUCCAGCUUGAAGGAGGACAUCAAGAAUUCCGUCAACUUGAACCUGACAGUUCAGCCCACAGCAGUCCAGUCAUGCCUCAGACCUUCAGUGCAGGAUGGUUUACCUUGGUGCCCCACCCAGGGGAGAUCAAGAAAGAAACGGAAACCUUACACAAAACAGCAAAUAGCUGAAUUGGAAAACGAGUUUCUCCUCAACGAGUUUAUUAACCGACAGAAGAGGAAAGAACUAUCAAAUAGACUUAAUUUAAGCGAUCAGCAAGUUAAAAUUUGGUUUCAGAACCGGCGGAUGAAAAAGAAAAGAGUAGUCAUGCGAGAGCAGGCACUUUCUAUGUACUAG